AUGUCGGCUAAUCAGCGAAUGAAAGUGCAGAAUGAACGAGCUCAUGGAAACGUUAGGAACCGAGGGAAUGUGCCGAAAUCUCUCAAGUCUCAAGAUUCCCAGUCUAAUAUGAACGCUUGGAUUCUUGGCCUGAUUGUAUUUGUCGUGUGUGGAUCUGGCUGGCGAAUCCCGAAUUCAGGCGAAUUUACGAGAUCUGUCGUCUGCACUCUUCCAUCUGCAUCGUCGUCUUAUAUUAAUUCACGCGCUGCUUGA